AUGAUGCUCAAUCUCAAGAACGUUUUUCUCUUCUCCCUUGCAGCUCUUUCAGCUGCUCAACCAACUAUUCAGAGUCGAGCCCAGGUCAAGGAACUUAACUGCGAUGGAACUCACUGGUCAAAGGACCAGAUCAACCAUUCCAAGCAGCAGGCACGUAAUCUCGAAAACGACGGGUUUGCUUAUCCUAAGCCCUUUGGUAACAAAGAUGGCAAGGGAAACAAUAUCUUUAAUGCAAAGGGUCAGCUUUGGGAGUUCCCUCUCACUGAUCCCGUCUGGACCAAUGGUGUUACGCCGGGAACGUUCCGUGUCAUUGUCAAGGAUAACUAUGAUUUCGUGGGUGUUACUAACAAGGAUGCUGGCACAGGCGGCACAGUUCACAAGUGCUAA